AUGGCAAAGACAUCUUUCUUCGACUCUCCAGCCAAGGUGUACGGCGCCUCGAUUGCCCUGCGCGCCGUGCUGCUGGUCUACGGCGCCUGGCAAGACGCCCACUCCGCCGUCAAAUACACCGACAUCGACUACCUGGUCUUCACGGACGCGGCGCGGUUCGUCGCCCGCGGCGCCUCGCCCUACGCCCGCGACACGUACCGCUACACGCCGCUGCUCGCCUGGCUGCUGCUGCCGACAACAUGGUCCAUUUCGGGCCUCUUCUCGUUCGGCAAGGCGCUGUUCGCCCUCGCGGACGUCCUCGCCGGCUGGCUGAUCGCGCAGUCGCUCGUCGCCGCGUACGGCUUGCCCCCCGCGCGCGCCCGCAAGUACGCCGCCGUCUGGCUGCUCAAUCCCAUGGUCGCGAAUAUCAGCACCCGCGGCAGCUCCGAAGGCCUGCUGGGCGUGCUGGUCGUCGCGCUGCUGUGGGCCAGUCUCAGCAAGCGCGUCACCCUCGCCGGCGUCCUGCUCGGCCUCGCGGUGCACUUUAAGAUCUACCCGUUUAUCUACGGGGCGUCGAUCGUCUGGUGGAUGGACUGGGACUCGGAGUCAACCUCGAGCUCAAGCUCGCGGCCGAAACAGCCAACCCUUACCCCGGGCGCCCUCGUCGCCCACGCCCGCGCCUUCCUCACCCCAGCCCGCCUGCACCUCACCCUCGUCGCCCUCGCCACCUUCUCCGCCCUCAACACCUCCAUGUACAUCCUCUACGGCCCCGCCUUCGCCCACCACACCUACCUGCACCACCUCACCCGCAUCGACCACCGCCACAACUUCUCCCCCUACAGCACUCUGCUGUACCUCUCCGCCGCCGGCGCCGCCCCCGCCCGCUUCGAGACCCUCGCCUUCCUCCCGCAGCUGCUGCUCUCGGUCGUGCUGAUCCCCAUAGCCCUCGCCAAGAAGUCCCUCCCCGGCGCCAUGCUCGCGCAGACCUUCGCCUUCGUCACCUUCAACAAGGUCUGCACCAGCCAGUAUUUUCUCUGGUAUCUGGUCUUUCUGCCGUUUUAUCUGCCCAAGUCGUCGGUUAGGGGGUGGAAGGGGGUGGUGGCUGGCUUGGCUUGGGUUGGUGGGCAGGCGCUCUGGCUGCAGCAGGGCUACGGGCUUGAGUUUCUCGGCGAGUCCACCUUCGUGCCGGGCCUGUUUCUGGCGAGUCUGGGGUUCUUUGUGGUGAAUGUGUGGAUCCUGGGGAUUAUUGUGACGGAUGUGGGGAAGCUGUAG